AUGGCUCUUCCUAGUGCUGCCGUCCCCAUGCUUGACGCUGCAAUCGUCCACGAGAAACCAAGCCCGACCGCUGUGGCAAAGGUCGCCCCCACCACCCCAAACCCGGAUCAAGUCCGUGUUGUCGCUCCGCACGAGUACAAACAGGCUGCCGCAUGCUUGGCUGAGGCGUUUCGCCUUGACAAGAUUGUCCGCUACGCCAUCGACACUCCGGAUCGCAUGGAUAUGACGGAAGAGGAGCGCUUCGAACUGCACAAAGCCUCCAUGGAGUACGUCACCUAUGCUCAUUGUCUCCAGGGACUGGUCUUGACGGUUGGUGAGAACUUUGAUUGCGUUGCUUUGUGGCUGCCACCGGGUAAGAACAUCGACGACUGGUUCACCAUCCUCCGCAGUGGCAUGUGGCGACUGAGCUGGAAGCUUUCCAAGGAGGGCAAGGCGAGAUUCUUCGAUGAGUUCCUGCCCCUGUUGCAUCAUACUAAGCAGGAAAUCUUGGGGGAAAGGGACAACAACUCCUGGUACUUGAACUAUAUCGGUACCAAGCCGGCGGCACGUGGUCGUGGUUAUGCCCGAAAGCUGAUUGAAUAUGUCACCAAGAUGGCCGAUGCUGACGGGAUCCCGUGUUACCUGGAGAGUUCACACGAUAUCAACAUCAUCAUCUACGAGAAGUUGGGCUUUGAGCUGCGCAAGCACAUCUAUUUGCAACGCGCUGCGGGCAUGGAGCUGAGGAUGGAUGUCAUGGUUAGGGAGCCGGUGGAUCCGGAAAAGAAGGAUGAGAAUGGCAACAUGGGAUAUAUAACAACAUGGGCAGUAUGGGUGGUGGCAUCGAUCGGCUUCGGAUCUCACAAAUCAAAACAUGUCUGGUGGUUGACACAAGCCAUCUCGUCGUUGGGGAUCAUUCUCUACACGCUGGCCAAUUGGUCAUACACGGUUGCCGCCUUUACGGAUCCCGGUUCACCUCUGAAGUCUCCCGACAAGUUAUCAGAUCGAAGUCAAGGGAGAUACUCGAUGCUUCCAACUCACGAGUCUCCCGCCGAUGCGGGCCAGUUGCAGAGUAUCACCGUUUCCUCCACAGGAGCGCCUAGAUUCUGCAAAAAGUGCCAUACCCCCAAGCCGGACCGGACACAUCACUGCUCUACUUGCAAGAGAUGUGUCUUAAAGAUGGACCAUCACUGCCCUUGGCUGUCGACCUGUCUCGGAUUGCGGAACUAUAAAGCAUUUGUGCUCUUCCUCAUCUACACAUCUCUGUUCUGCUGGGUCUGCUUUGUCAAUGCUGCAUGGUGGAUGUGGAAAGAACUUUUCGAGCAAAGUGGCUAUCUGGACGAAGUGGCACCCAUCAAUAUUAUCCUUCUUUCCGUGAUUGCCGGUAUCAUCGGCCUGGUCCUGAGUGCGUUCACUGGCUGGCAUAUACAUCUCUGCAUCAAGGGCCAAACUACCAUCGAGAGACUCGAGAAGACGAGAUACCUGAGCGGUGUGAGGACUCUUGUGGAGCGGAAUCGCCAGGAGCAUCAGUUGAAUCACAGCAGACGCAGCUCCGAAGGCGUUGCAGGUAGACUACAGCGCGUGGGGGAGCAGUUUCUUGAGUGGAAUGCCAAUGCUGUUCCCGGCGCUUCACGGUACGAAGAAGGCGAAGAACACACCUCGCCCGUCCCAAGUGUCCGUAACACGACACAGCGUGAUGCGCCGUAUCCUCAAGGUUCAGAUCAGUCGGCCAAUCAUCGUCCCCACCAACCCGACGUUUUCGACGACACCCCAGCCGUUCGUGCAUUGCGAAAUACUUAUUCCCAUAUGGAGGCCGCGCGCGAGCGCGAGAGAUACUCACAAUACCUAGAUGACCAGGAAUCCGAAAAAAUGCCCAAUGCAUUCGAUCUUGGCUGGCGUCAGAAUCUUAACCAUUUAUUCGGACCGAAUCGGUUACUCUGGGCUUUUCCAAUAUGUAACACCACAGGUGAUGGCUGGCGUUGGGAAGUCAGCCCAAAAUGGGUUGCGGCGCAAGAAGAAGCGGCGAGAAAAAAAGAACAGAGGCUCGCGGCAAUGAUGGAUCAUGAUCACUAUGCAGGACCCAUAAAUGGAAGAGGCGGUCGUGGCUAUGGGUAUCAAGAGUACGAGAGCGACCGGGACCGCGAUUACGUCGUCAACUUUGAUGGACCCCACGAGAACACUGUCCCGCGGAAUGCUGACGAGGAUAUGUACUCCCGCAGCGCCAUGUCCAUGAAGAAUCUGCCUCCAAAUCACAACAAUGCGUCCUCCACGGCAGAUCUGAGCAAGAGGAGACAGCGGAGGGACUUUGACCAGGACGAACCUUUUGAGGUCAGCAGCGGCGACGAAUACGACAGCGACUCAGAUAUUGGAUAUGACAACAGAGACGACCAAGACGGUGCAGAGCGAGGCUGGAUCAGGAGGAACCGUGCAGGACGAGGAAGAUGA